AUGGUAGCAUCACUGGGCGUCCGCAAACCGGCCCCCAUAACUCCGACCGGGGCGCGCUCCCUGUCGCGAUUUAUCGACGGGCGCAUCACUAGCCGGGAGCAAAGGUUCCGCAGAGGGCGCAGGCAUCAAUUUGCGAGCGGUAGCCGCCGCGGGCGCCGCGCCGCCCCUGUCAUUAGCCCCCCCGCCUCUCCGCGGGCCCCUCGCCCCUCGCCCGUAGGAGCCAGGCCUUUUUUGCCCCCCACAACCUGUUCGGGGGACGCGGCUGCUGAGGCGCGCAAUUCGAGCAUCGGUUCACGGCCACGAGCGAUAGGCCCUAUGCGUGGCCGGCCUUCUGUUCCCCUUGCCGGUUACGUGCGCCACAAAAAUGCCUCGUCUCGAAUGCGACGGCCUGUACGGGCGAGCGACGCCGGCAAAUUGACCUGUCCUUCAGAGGCCCGGCGCAGCGACCUGUCUCCGCUAAAUUACUCCGUUCCCAUCAGC